AUGAUUACCGCCGUCAAGAUUGGCUUUGGCGAUUCUGCGGUUGCCAUAGGCAGGAUCGGUCAUGGCUUGAUGAUGAUAACGUGGCGCGAUCCUAACUACCCGGUCCCCGAUGAGGAUGCGUUCGAAGCUAUCAAGGCUGGCGUCGACUCCAUGCCCCCCGGCGUGAAGAUGAUGCUUAACAGCGGCGAGUUCUACGGCCCCAACCUCAGCACCGCGAACCUCAAAAUGCUCUCACGGUUCUAUGCCAAGGCAGCGAACCUCCGACGGAGCGUGACGAACAUCAACGCGGAGCUGGGCGGGAUCAAGAAGAUGGACCUGUAUGAGAUGGCCCGCGUCCCGCAGAACGUGCCGCUCGAGGAGGCUAUAUCGACGCUCGCCGCACUUAAGACCGAGGGUCACUUCCAGCACCUCGGCAUGUCCGAAUGCAGCGCGGCGACACUGCGCAAGGCGCACGCGAUUCUCCCCGUCAGCAUCGUCGAGACUGAAGUUAGCCUGUGGUCGUACGAGGAGGAGACGAAGAAGGUCCUCGCUGUCGCCAAGGGGCUCGGGAUCGUGGUGGCCGCCUACUCUCCACUUGGCCGUGGAUUCCUCGCGGGAUCUAUCAAGAGUGGAAAUGAAAUUCCUGCUGGCGACAUCCGCCGCAACUAUACUCGAUUCAACGACGAAUACGUCCAACACAACCUGGCACUUGUCGAGGCCCUCGAGGCUCUCGCGGCGAAGAAGGGCGUCACUCCCGCGCAACUUGCCAUCGCCUGGGUCAUCAGCCGCGGGGACCAUGUGGUCCCAUCCCCGGCUCUUCGUAAGAACGCGAAACGCAACCUCGAGAAUCUCGCGGCCGCUGAGAUCAAGCUCACCGACGCGGACCUCGCGGAGGUUGACCAAAUUUUGACAGACACGCCAAUCAGAGGCGGUCGCGCCAACGACGCUGUUGAUCCGAAAUUGCUGGGUCUCUGGGCAUGA